AAAACCCGCAGCACAGCAGCAGUCUUGGGGAAAUGUUGAGAAACGACUCUUUGUUUCCUAAAGUAGAGAAAGAAAAGGCUGAGAUGCUUCACUUGUAUUUCCGCCAAAACCCUCCCGCUCUCGAAGGGAUCGCCGCCGUUGUCGGCGAACGCGUCCUCUUCGGCGCCGCAGAUGAAACCGGAGAAAAACCGGUUGUUGAUAGCGCGGUGCAGAAGAGCUACAGGGGCGUCAGGAAGCGGCCGUGGGGGCGGUGGUCGGCUGAGAUACGCGACCGCAUAGGGCGGUGCCGCCACUGGCUCGGCACAUUCGACACGGCGGAGGACGCGGCUCGGGCCUACGACGCGGCGGCCAGGAGGCUGAGAGGCUCCAAAGCGAGGACCAAUUUCCACAUUCCUUCCGUCUUGCCGCCGCCGUCUUCGAGUUCGUCGAAUUCAUCGUCGUCCGAAAGGAGGAAAAGGAAGAGGGUCUCAGGUGGAGGAACGGCGCGAAAGUGUUCGGUUGUGACAUCCGCCGCGAACCUGUUUGGCCGGGAUCCGGCGGAUGACGGUGGCGGAAGGGCGGUUAGCUUGGAGCUUGAUUUGAAGAUCGACGACGGUGGUUUGGUGGAGUAUUAGUAAUUAAUAAAAUCGAUGUGUUGUGUUUUUAGUUGGUUUUGGUUAUUUAGGGUUUUGUUAUUUGCCACCACUAUCUAUAUGUAUAAAAACUUAAUUUGCAUUUGCAUCGUUAUGUGAAAUUAUGAUGAAUGUGUGUUUUCU